UUUUUUGAUAUUACAUCUUAAAAAUAAAAAUUUUGGCUUUCAAAACUUAAUUUAUUAUAUUUAAUAAAAAAGACUAAUUCUCUAAAUUUUUAAAAAUAUUUUUUUAAAUUUCGGAAAAUAUUGGAAAUAUUCAAUGUCAUUGGUAAAAUUGUUUUUACAAGUUUUAAUCGCGUCAUGGACAUUUGAACACGGGUCGAACUCGGUUUCAAGACCUAACGGGGUCAAAACAUUCGAUUCGAAACUAGCCGCCGCGAAUGACCAAUUCGCUUUAGACUUAUUGAAGACUAUCCUUGCGACGAAGGCGGGCGAUAAAAAUGUGAUAUUCUCUCCUUUUAACAUUGUCCAAGUGCUCUCCGUGAUUCUCUUGGGAUCCAGGGCUGAUACCUUCUCCCAAUUAGCUCGAGGUCUGCACUACAACGAAACCGUGAUCAAAGGUUUGACCGAGGGUAACCAAGAUCUGAUUCACAAAACCUUAGCUGACGUGACGCGGGCCCUAAUAGCGGCUCCUAACGUUACCUUAGAGAUUUCGAACGCUCUGUAUUCGGAUAAGAAUUUUCUAGCCAAUCCCACCUUCACCCAAUCUCUGGCCAAUAUUUACAAAUCGGUGCUCUACAAAAAUUUGGAUCUAGCUCACGAUUCUCGAAAUUCUGAAAUGGCCAUUAAUAAGGACAUUUCUAAAGCUACCAAAGGUAAAAUCGAAAAUUUACUGCCGACAGGUUCGUUAGGCGAAGAUACGAAGAUGGUGGUCACGAGUGCCAUCUAUUUCAAAGGCGAUUGGAAGGAUAAAUUCGAUGACAAUAACUCGGUAAUAGAACCCUUCUAUCUGGACGACGGUAAAGUGAUUGACACGCUCAUGAUGAAAGAUUUUAGGAAAGUACAUUAUGGGAGGUUCGAGCUUCCUUCCGAAUAUGUCGACAGUCCCACCAUGAAACACCCCCAGUUGGUAGAAACGCUGAGAUUGGAUUACGCUAACGAAAAUUUGGCCAUGUACAUUAUAUUACCGGAACGCAACGGGCUCAAAUUCUUGGUGGAAGAUUUAAGCUGGGAGCUAUUGCAGAGUCUGACCAAAAUGUACCCGCAAAAGACUUACAUAACCCUACCAGUCUUCAAAGUAGAUUACGAGCUGGAACUAAAAGAAACGCUGAUGAAAUUGAACAUAAACGACCUAUUCGACGCAACUAAAGCUGACCUCCGCAAAAUGGCUGCUAAUCAAGAACUCCUGAAGAAUAGUUCCCAAAGGCUCUGUUUGAAUAAUGUUUAUCACAAGGCCCAAAUAGAAGUCAACGAAAAGGGAAGUCAAGCCUCCGCGGCCACUGGCGCGGUUAUAAGCGCCAAGGCUAUAUUCCUGCCUCAAAAUUUUACCGCUAACCGACCUUUCCUAUAUUUCAUUGCUGACCGAAGAGAUUUAAACAUACUUUUUAUGGGAACAUUUAUCACACCUCCAUCUCCACUCCCUCUUUGUGAAAUCAUGUUAAUAGCAUUCUUGGUUAUCCUUAACGUGUACCUCAUUUGCGCCUCUAUUCCUGCUGUAAAUAGUACUUUGGAAUCAACGCAACUAGGAGAGGUUAACCAAAAAUUAACUUUUCAAUUGCUAAAAUCUCUCCAUGACAAAUAUGCUGGCCACAAAAAUGAUAUUCCGAUAACGAAUCAAAGGAAUAUUAUAUUUUCGCCUUUUAACAUUGGCCGUGCACUGACCGUUUUAAUGUUGGCGGUUGGAGGCCAAACAUACAAGGAGUUGUUUAACACUCUACAUUAUGGAGACAUACUUCAGGGAUCCUCUGGAAUAACUGCUAAAAAUCAGGAAAUUCUACAUUCCGCUGUUCAAAAAGUUACUCAAACUCUAAAAAGCUACCAAAACGUAACCAUAGAGAUAUCUAACGGAAUAUAUCCGAAUGAAAAAUUUAAAGUUGAUCCAAUAUUUGUUCAAAAAGUGUCUAAAUACUAUGAAACCCGUGUGCAAGUUCUAAAUUACGAAUCUCAAGCUGAUGCAGCGGUUGUGACAAUCAAUUCUGAUGUUUCAAAGUCUACUAAAGGUUUAAUCAAAGAUUUAUUACCUCCCGGGUCUCUUAAUUCAGAAACCAAAUUUGUCAUGGUGGAUACUAUCUACUUUAAAAGUAAUUGGGGAAUUCCUUUUAAACCAGAACUAACUUCUGUAAAGGCCUUCACGAGAGAUGACGGAAAACGCGAAAAGGUAAAAAUGAUGCAUGGUACUAUUAAGGCUCAAUAUGGCGAAACGCAACUGAAGAAAAUUGAUGGCAAACCAAGUUCCACGCCAGACCAAAAGAUCAAAAUUCUCAGAAUUCAGUAUGCCAAUCCCAAUUUGGCCAUGUUCUUUGUACUUCCGGAACAAAAAGGAUUGCCGAAUUUGAUCAAAGUGCUAUCCUUUGAAUCCCUAGCUUCACUAAUAAAAACUGCAAAGGAAACUUUGGUAGACAUUACUUUGCCAAUAUUUAAAACAAGCUUCGAUGUCAAACUUCCUGAGACUCUGAAAAAGCUCGGUCUUAGAAAUAUAUUCGAAGGAUCGGCAGAUUUUUCCGGCUUAACAGUAUCCGAUAAAUCUUCCGGAUUGUGCAUUAGCGAAAUAUUACACAAGGCGGUCAUUGAAGUUAACGAAAAAGGAACAGAGGCGGCAGCUGCCACUGGUGUGGUUGCGGGAUUGACGUCUAUGCGUAUUACUGAAAGUUUUACGGCAGACAGACCCUUCCUCUAUUUUAUACAAGAUCUUACAAAUGGACAUAUCUUGUUUAUCGGAACUUAUAUAAAAGUUCAAUGAUAGAUAACACAUCUCGCCAAAAAACUAAAUCUAUUAAAUUUAUUUAACUUCUAGCUUAUUUUGUCAAACAAGAAAGUUUUACUUUUUUUAAAAUAUAAAUUUAUAUAUGCACUUUUGUCAAUAAUAAAGUAAAAA